AUGAGUGUCGCAUUUGAAGUCUUUCGUGGUUCAAAGGAGGGCAAGAUCGUUGGUGACACCACAACACGCACCCUGGGCCCCAAUGAAGUCUUUAUCGAGACCACACAUUCCGGUCUCUGUGGAACAGACGAGCACUUCCUGAAGUCUGGUAUCGUUCUCGGCCACGAGGGUGUGGGUAUUGUGCGCCAGAUUGGCCCGAAUGUCAAGAAUGUCAAGGCUGGAGAUCGUGUUGGAUUCGGGUACACCCACUAUGUCUGCGGAACUUGUGAAAAAUGUUUGACUGGAUGGGACCAGUAUUGCGAGAACAAGAAAGAAUACGGCACACAUGAUCAUGACAUUGGCUCAUUCGGUGGUGGUGCUGUCUGGGAUGCUGGCUGUGUGGUCCCUAUUCCCGAUGGAUAUGAAUCCGCAGACGCAGCCCCUCUGAUGUGCGCUGGCGCCACCGUUUGGACCUGUCUCACUGAAUACGGUGUCCGUCCCACCGACCGAGUGGGUGUUAUGGGCAUCGGUGGCCUAGGCCACCUGGCCAUCAAGCUGGCCUCCGCCAUGGGAUGCCGCGUUGUGGUAUUCUCCAGCUCCGAAGCCAAGCGGGAAGAGGCUUUCAGCUUCGGUGCUUCCGAGUACCAUGUAUUCCGGGCUGGUCAGGAAUUGAAAGACUGCAAGCCGGUGAAUCAUCUCCUGCUUUGCGGCAGCGCAAAUGUUGAUUAUGCUUCUCUCAUUCCUUUGAUGGAUAUCCACGGAUCAAUUUACCCCUUGACCGUCGACUUCGCACCUUCCCCCGUUCCACUUCUGUACAUGAACGUCAAGGGUAUCCGGAUCCAAGGAUCUCUGGUGGCAUCUCGGCAAAGCCUUCGAUCAUUGGUGCAGUUUGCAGCUGACAAAAAGAUUGUGCCGACCUCGAUGCAGUUCCCUUUGAACCAGGAGGGUGUUGAAGAGGCAAUGGAAACUCUUCGCCAGGGCAAGAUGCGCUACAGGGGUGUUCUUGUGCGUUAA